ACCAGAUCCGCCGGAAGGGCGAGUCGAGACCCGGCGAGGGCAGUGUCAUCCAGUCGCUCCGCGCCCUCUGAGCGUGCAGAAGCCUGGGGCAGCCGUACAGCAUCUCCGCAGCCCAGGCUACCAUUCUCAGGAAUAAAACAGUUCCAUGAGACAAGCAAAGGAGGACUCAAGAAUGAAAAUGUAUUCUUACUUUCCAGACUUUUGGCCAGAGAUUGCUCUCUAGAAUCAAGUCAUAAAGCAGCAGGUUUCCUAAGUGUAGCAGAAGAUGACUGAGUCACAGAUAUCAUUUGAGGAUGUGGCUGUGGACUUCUCAUGGAAGGAGUGGCAGCUGCUUAACCCUUCGCAAAAGAACUUGUAUGGAGAUGUGAUGUUGAAGAACUACAGCUGCUUCAUUUUCCUGGCAUAUCAAAUCAUUAGACAUAAUGCAACAUUCAAGCUGGACCAAGAAAAGCCAUGGUCAAUGAAUGAGGAAAUCUUAAGUCAAAAUAUUUCAGGCCUUGAAGAGUUCCCCGUACGGGCCACCACUUGCCGCAAGCCACGACUCCGUAAAAAAAAAAAUGAGCUAAGUAAAAAAUUACUGCUUUAUCAAAAAUCUGACAGAAUCUAUGGUGAAGUAAAAUACUGUGAUUACAAUGAAUGUAGAGAAAACAGCAACAAAGAAUCACAGCUUGUUACAAAUCACGUAACACAUUCAGGAGUCUAUUUAUGCUUAGAAUGUGGUAAAGGUUUUAACAGAAAUUCACAGCUUAUUGUACACCAGAGAACUCAUACCAGAGAGAAACCUUAUCGAUGCAGUGAAUGUGGGAAAGCCUUUAAACAAAAGUCAUUGCUGACAUUUCACCAAAGUACUCACUCAGGAGAAAGACCAUAUGAAUGUGAAGAAUGUCAGAGGGCAUUCAGUAGGAAAUCAAUGCUCAUUGUACAUCAGAGAACUCAUACAGGAGAGACGCUCUAUCAGUGCAAGGAAUGUGGUAAAGCCUUUUCACAAAAGUCAGUGCUCACUAUUCACCAAAGGACUCACUCAGGAGAAAAACCAUAUGGAUGUGAUAAAUGUCAGAAAGCUUUCAUUAGGAAGUCAUUGCUCACGCUGCACCAGAGAACUCAUACUGGAGUGAAGCCCUAUACUUGCAGUUUAUGUGGAAAAACCUUUAGCAGCAAACCACAGCUAAACAUUCAUGAGAUAAUUCAUAGAAUAGAAAAACCCUACAGCUGCAGUGAUUGUGGGAAAACUUUCUCUCAGAAAUUGAAAGUCAUCAUGCAUCAAAGAAAACACACAGGAGAGAAACCCUAUAAAUGUAUUGAUUGUGAGAAAGCUUUCACUUGGAAGUCAGAAUUUAUUACUCAUCAGAGGUCACAUACAGGGAGGGAACCUUAUGUGUGUAGUGAAUAUAAAAAAGCCUUCAGCAGGAACUCGCUUAUCAGGCAUCAAAGUAUUCACAAAGGAGAGAAACUAUAUGGGUGCAGUGAAUAUGGCAAGGCCUUCAGUAAACCACAACUUAGUAAACAUCGUAUGACCCAUAUGAAAGAGAAAAGCUAUCAAUGCAGUGAUUGUGAAAUCUUUUUUAAGAAGUCAGAGCUAAUAAGACAUCAAAGAUGUCACUUAGGAGAGAAGCCUUACGGAUGUAUUGAAUGUGGAAAAUUAUUCCUUGGAAAAUCACAGCUGCAAAUACAUCACAGAACUCACACUGGGGAGAAACCUUAUGAAUGCAGUGAAUGUAGAAAGGCCUUCUCCCAGAAGUCAAGCCUGAUAGCCCAUCAGAGAACACAUACAGGUGAGAAACCCUACAAAUGCAAUGAAUGUGGGAAAACCUUCAGUCAGAAGCCAAGCCUCAUACAUCACCAGAGGACCCAUACUAGAGAAAAGCCAUUUCAAUGCAGUGAAUGUAGCAAAGCUUUUGCAUGGAAAGCACAGCUCCUUCGGCAUCAGAGAAUUCACAGUGGGGAGAAACCCUAUGAAUGCAGCACAUGUGGGAAAGCAUUUAUUCAAAAGGUGCAACUCAUUAAGCAUCAGAAAAAUCACCCAGAAAGCCAAGACUUAUGCAGUUUGCCUGAGAGUGCCUGAAUUCAACCACUGCAUGGUGCUAAGAAAUGGAAGUAACCUAAGUGUCCCUCAACUGACGAGUGGAUAACAAAAAUGUAAUACAUUUACACAGUGGAGUUCUACUCAGCCA